AUGGAAGACGAUAUAUGUUCAAAUUUUGUUGUUUUGAGGACGUAUUUACCCGAUGAAUUAGGCGAAAAAGCAAUACUUGAGUUUAAAAAAAGUAGUAGUUUCAAAAAUUACUGCCCUAAUGGAAACUGCGAUACUAAUCUCGAUAAAAUUAAAGCUGGAUUUUUAUGGUUAUUUGAAAAAAUUUGUUCUACAUACGAAAUUACAGAUGAAGAUGCACAGGGAGGUACACAGGGAGAUACACAGGGAGAUACACAGGGAGAUACACAGGAAAAUACAUGUUAUAAUGAAGAAAAUAUUAAUGCAAUUUUUCUAUAUAUUAUUUCAUGGUUAAGUUACAAAUUAAACCAAAGCUCAGAGCACAAUUUCACCAAAAUAAAGGAUUUUUAUAAUGCAUAUGUAGAUAAUAAUGAAAAGUAUACUAAUAUUAUAACUAAUGCCAAAAAAUGUACAAAUCUUAAGGAAAUCAUAGAUAAAAAAAGUGAUUUUUUGGAUAUCAAUAUUAAAGAUAUGUCUUAUUUUUAUGAUGCAUUCAAAUUAUUAUGUAACAUGUAUAAUAGUGUUGCAACGAGUAAACAUGACACACUGUUAGAUAAUGCUAUUCAUUUUUCUAACGAAUACACAAACCUCAACGAUUAUUAUAAUAUUGAAAACAGCCCAUAUAGUCAAAUAUUGUCUUUUUUAUCAUCUGAUUAUAAUAUUUUUAAAACUAAACACGCUAGUAAAAUUCAAGAUUCUAAAAAAUUCCCAAUUCUUCCAACAGAAAAAGCAACAAAAUCACUUAUACGACAUUCAUCUAUACAAAUUUCAGUAAUCCCAAUGACAUUUAUUUUUUGUGCAUUACUUAUAUAUUUAGGAAUUGUAUAUAAGGCUUCAAAAAAUCAAGUUAAGAAUCAAAAAAAUAAAAAGGAAAAUAAAUCAUUAACAUUUAAUUCAAAGAGUAGUGACUAUUUCAGGAAUAGUAAUAAUGAUUGA